AUGCAACGCCGGUCGCUGGGGUCUCCCGGGCGCCGCGAAGGCGGUUUCGCGCCGCGACGACGCCGUGCCAGCGGCGGCGGCGAGGGGGUCGAUGACCGCUGCGCGCAGGAGCGGCUGUGGCUGUGGCGCCCGGCGGUGGAGAUAGUGCGGCGGGACGGCGCGGGUGUGCGCCCGAGUUUCUCGGCCAAGCGCCCCACCAGCGCCCCCGCCAGCGCCCCCGCCAGCGCCACGCAAGGCCCGCCCCACUCAGGAACACGUUUCGAUCGCCGCGCGCGGCCUCGCCGGGGCUUCCUCCGCGAACCGGACGCCGAAUUACGACGCAACCGCCCCCCCCCCCCCCCCCCCGCCACAUCCUGCGCUGCCGUAGCCGCGGCACGUGCUCGACGCCGGCCGCUGGCCCGGAGCGAGAAAUCAGAUUUUGUUUUCUUAAUGGAGGAGAUGGACCAGUACCUGGACUACAUCGGCGGGCCGGCGGGCGCGCUGGCGCUGACGGGCGUGGCCGCCGCUUCCGCCUUCUACCUCGCGUCGCGCCCCACGCCGCAGCGCCCGCUCGUCGCCCUCGACCGCCAGAGCUUCCCGCUGCCGACGGAUGCGAUGUCCGUACGAUUGCAAGGAGUGAAAUUAUUAUUUUAUGUUGUUCAACUUUGUCCUGUGUUGUCUCCUACAAAUCGAAAUAGUUUUGAUAGAGCCAAGGGAGAUGGGUUCGCGUUCCUCACAAGACGAACUUCAGAUAACCGUGGUAAGCAGCCAUUUAUUACGCAAGUGGGCGGCGACGGCGCCCCCCCCCCGCCCCUCGGCCGUGGGCCCUGGGAGCGCGCCAGCGCCCACGCUCGCGUCUCCAGUAAACAGCGCGGCACCCGCGGGCGGGGAGGCAGGAGUAACGUUGACAAUGACAGUACAAUGAGAAUGUACAAAAUCGGGGGCCGAGAACGGCACCUAUUAUUAUCAACAUAUCCUAUGCUCUACUUCGAUAUGAAGAACGUAUAA